UUCGAGCUCUAGUCAGGCUACGGAAGUAGCCGAGGUACAGUACAGGACCUCCACACAUUGUUGAUGCUCAGAGCGCAGAAAUGCAUGCUCUCUUCAGCUCGACAAUUCUCAUCUCUGCGCACGGAUCUCUCAAGAGUCGUCUGGUCUCGCGUAAAAUUUGACCUUUAUAAAUGACUGAACCUGAGCAAACAUGGACCAGGAUGAGUUUAAUCACAUAGAUUCACAGGGGCAGUGGCAAAACCUGUAUAAUGAAAUCCGUAAUCAAUCCCAGGAAUGUUCCUACAAAGUGGCAAAAUUUCCAGAAAACCGGAACAGAAACCGAUACAGAGACGUCAGCCCAUAUGAUCACAGCCGAGUGAGAUUAGAAAAUUUAGAAAAUGACUACAUAAACGCAAGCUUGAUAACCAUGGAGGAAGCUCAGAGAAACUACAUACUGACUCAGGGACCAUUGAUUAAUACUCGUGGCCACUUCUGGUUAAUGAUUUGGGAGCAGCGUUCAAAAGGUGUCAUCAUGCUCAACAGAGUCAUAGAAAAAGGCUCAGAGAAAUGUGCUCAGUACUGGCCCUCAGAAGAAGAGAAACCGAUGUAUUUCAGUGACACAGGGUUUGUGGUGACUUUAGUGUCUGAAGAUGUUGAAUCUUAUUACACAACAAGAGUGCUCAAGCUUCAAAACAUCAAAACAGGAGAGAGAAGAGACAUCUACCACUUUCACUUCACCACUUGGCCUGACUUUGGUGUGCCUGAGUCCCCUGCAUCUUUCCUCAACUUUUUGUUUAAGGUUCGAGAGUCUGGCUCACUGGAGCCCGAGAAUGGGCCGUCUGUGGUCCACUGCAGUGCUGGGAUUGGCAGAUCAGGAACAUUCUCAUUGGUUGACACCUGCUUGGUCCUGAUGGAUAAGAGGAAACAUGCUUCUGUAGAUAUACAGAAAGUCCUGUUGGACAUGAGAGAGUAUCGCAUGGGCCUCAUUCAAACCCCAAACCAGCUUCGAUUCUCUUACAUGGCUGUAAUGGAAGGACUUAAGUGUAUUUUGGGAGACUCCAUUUUGCAGCAGCAAUGGCAAAACAUAUCUAAAGAAGACAAAGAGCCACAGACUGAUCUGGGUCCAGUGCUGAAGGAUACUGCAAGACAGACAGAUGAUGGUCUUAUCUCAAAGCUAGAAGAAGAAAAUGAUGAAAGAUUGUUAGGAAAGGAAAAUCAGCAAGUAUAUUUAAAAGCAGAGAGCGGCAGCUUGCGAAAGCGACAUCGUGAGGAGCGGAUUGCCAGUACAGCAAAAAAGGUCCAGCAUAUGAAGCAGAAGAUGACUGAAGCAGAGAAGAAGAGAGAGCUGGUUAUACUGGAGGCCCAUUGUCCUAAAUGUAGGAGCUGGAACAGCUCUAGCACUGGGACUGUUCAUGUGCUGGGCUUUUCUGUCCCAGUGAAACUUCUAUAAUUGUAUUAUGUUUUUUUUACACUUAGCCUGAUUUGGUUCAUUAUGAGAUAAAGGUCAGUUUUCUUUUUUUUCUAUUUUUGCAAACAAAGGCUGCUUAUUAGGCCUGACUUCUUAAAAUUAUUAUUUAUACUGCUUUAAAUACAAGCUUGGUUCUUGAUAAUUUCAGUGUUUAGAAACUUAGUCCGUUAGCAUUACUACAAUAUAUGCUGGCUCAAGUAAGACAUUGUUUUACAGAAAUUUGUUAGUAAAUGACUCUGUUCACUGUUCUGG